GAAGAAACUUAACAAACACAAACAAAGGAGGAAUAAAACAAGCAAGGGAGGAGCCGUUUCAGAGACGUUUCCACCAACUGCUACCACUACUAUUACUACAGAAGAAAAGGCUCGGAAGACUGGUCAAAGGUGACAACUCAAUUAAUUUUGACCCGAAGUCUUGACCAAAUGAUCGAUUGGAGGGUCAGCCGAUGCAAUCAAUGAUUGAAGUUGAAUUCAGUAGCGCAAGCAGAGGGAAGUUUCAUGAGAUCGUCGAUGAAUGGAAUGGGAGUUUGAAAAGAUUUUUGCUGCAUUUUUGUUAUUUACAUCAUAUUACCAAUGUACUAAUGCAGGAUUUCUUAUAUACUGAAGAAAAAAAUUUUAUAUUGAAAAUAUUUGACGUUAAAUCAGUGUGUAUGCUAUGACAGUUUGCGUUAGUGACUGAUUAUUUUGUCUGCCUCCGUAGAACAUUGUUAAUUUAGAAAUAGUUUGUGAUGCUUAGAAGUGUAGUUGGUCUUAUGAAACAUUUUGAUUUUUAACUGAUACACUUCUGUUUUGUCUGUGCCAGAUUGAUUCCUUUGUGAUGUGAGGAGUGAAGGUUUUUUUUUAUAGGAUUACAUAUUUGAUUUGCAGUAUCAUUGAAAGCAGGCUGUAAAUGAGCUACGAUUAUUUUGAACCUGCAAAAGACCUGUUGACAACCUGCUAUUCUGUGAGGUGUAAAGUUUGUGAUUACAUAAAUGACAAUUGUUGACUUUAGUGCUUCCUCUCAUUCUAGCAAUUUCAUUAAAUGAAGGUUUGGCAAUAUUUGGUUCAUAUUGAGAGCUUUCCUUGGAUGAAACUGAAUAUUCAUUGACCUAAAACAGACUUUGUUUCAAAGCUGUAAAUUCAGCAUCCUUUGAGAUGGAAGGUGAAAACUCAGGUUUACCUUUAAUCAAAGAAGAAAAUGACGAUUUUGAGGAUGAACAUACCGAAAUCACAGUUGAUGGAUCCUUAUUUGUAGAUUCUUCCAUAGAAGUGAAAGCUGAGCCAGACUACAUUGAUUGUGGUGAAGUUGAUGUAAAAUAUACAUGCCAGCCUGUAGAGAGUGAAGAAGACCAUUUAAGUUUUGAUGUGGAAAGGGAAAAGAUCUCUGUUGCAGAAGAAAAUAGACAUUUGGGUAGAAAAGAAAUAUUUUCAAAGAGAAGCAACACAGCAGGGAAGGAAAUAACGUGUGCUGAAUGCCAAAGGACAUUUUCACAUAUGUGUGACCUGAAAUCCCAUAUGAGAAGUCAUACAGGAGAGAAACCAUUCACUUGCUCAGUAUGUCACAAAAGUUUUUCUGCAGCAAGGGAUCUCAAAUCACACCAGAGAACUCAUAUGAGAGAGAAACCAUUUACUUGCUCUGUAUGUCAAAGAAGUUUUUCUCAUCAAAGUCACCUCAAACCACACAUGAGAACUCAUACAGGAGAGAAACCAUAUACUUGCUCUGUAUGUCAAAGAAAGUUUUCUCGUCAAAAUAAUCUAAAUAGACACAUGAGAUGUCAUUUAAUGAAACAAGGAAUUGACAAUUUGGAGGAUGAGCAUACCAGUUUCACAGAUGAUGGAUCUUUAUUUGUAGAUUCUUCCACAGAAGUAAAGGGGGAGCCAGAAUAUAUUGAAGUUGAUGUAAAAUAUACAUACCAGGAUAGAAAGAGUGAAGAAGACCAUCCAAGUUUUGACACGGAAAGCGGAAAAAAUGAACCAUUUGGUUGCUCUAUAUGCCAAAGAAGUUUUUAUCGUCAAAGUUAUCUCAAAAUACACAUGAGAACUCAUACAGGAGAGAAACCGUAUACUUGCUCGGUAUGUCAAAGAAGUUUUUCUCGUCAAAGUAAUCUCAAAACACACAUUAGGUCUCAUACAGGGGAGAAACUAUAUACUUGUGCAGUUUGUCAGAGAAGUUUUUCUCAUCAAAAUACUCUCAAAAAACACAUGAGAACUCAUACAGGAGAGAAACCAUUCACUUGCUCGGUAUGCCAAAAAAGCUUUUCUGAAUCAAGUAAUCUCAAAACACACAUGAGAACUCAUACAGGAGAAAAACCAUAUACUUGCUCUAUAUGCCAAAAAAGUUUUCAUCAACACAUUCAUCUCAAAACACACAUGAGAAGUCAUACAGGAUAGAAACCAGUCACUUCCUCUGUAUGCCAAAGAAGUUUUCUGGUUCAAGUCAUCUCAAAACAGACAAGAAUUCAUAAUACGGAAACAAACUGUAUAUACUACUACAAUACGAACUUGAUCUUUGUUCAAGUACUAGUUUUUCUAAUUUGGAAAUUCUCAAAGCCCACAUUGGAAAUCAUUGUAGAGAGGGACAUUCUCUAGUCCUAAUGUAAAAAAUGUUAGAAAAUUUUAAAUAUUUUGAGAUUACUCAUGAAAAUUCAUAAUAUUACAGUGCAUUUAGAUGCCAAAAUUUUAGGUUUUUGGCUGGUGAUAUUUCAAAUGGAAGAAAAUUACUACAUCAGAUUCUCACAAGGAUUGAGAAUUGUACACACAUCGUGUGAAAAUGGAAGCUGAAAAAUCAUUAUUGUUGUUAAUCAAAGAUGAGAAUUUGGAGAUAGAUCUUACUGAAAACAGAUGAUGGCUCUUUACUAUCUGCAGAUCCUUUCUUAGAGGUCAAGGCAGAUCCAGAAUAUUUUGAUUGUAGUGGAUAUGUGUGAAUGGUAGUAUAACCUUGAUACAAAUGUAAAAGAAUAUAUUUUUAGCUUCUUUGGUUUUUAAAAUUGUACUCAUUAAGCUGUGUUCAAUAUUAGAUUAAUAAAUUUUCUGGUGUCUGCCUCACUAUUCUGGUUCCCAUGUACUUUUUGUAUGAUUUCCAAAUCAGGAAUUAGUUUUGUCAUUGGUUACAUGAAUUUUUCUUCCCAUUGUUAUUCACCAUUAUGCACCUGCACAUGUAUAUGUAGUUAUAAGUUUGAAUAUUUCCAUAAAAUUUCAUGCAUAGUGGGAAUAAAAAGAUUGGCUUUAUAUGAGUAACAUACCCUGUAAUUACUUAGCUAAGAGUUUCUACUUGAAGACAACUUAAAAUUUGAAAAUUAGCAGUAGCGAUAGUCUUUUGUUCAUGUUGGUGACUAUCCCCACCCACUUUCAGAGUAAGAGAGAAACAACUUCAGCCAAGAGCUCAAUUUGUUUCUGUCUGUGUACGACUACACAGUAUGUUGAGAUUUACAGCUGAAUUUGGAUUGUUGUGGGAUAUUUUCACUUUGGUGAAGUAUUUUAACACAGUAGCCUUUGGCAUUGAUUAUUUAAUCAGGAUUUUAGGGCAUGUUUUUCAUGAAUUAGUUUUCUGAAAAGACAUACUGAUUUUUACUUUGUUAACUAGUUGACUAUGUCACACUAGAUCUAGUUUUUGGUAUUGUAGCAAAGGCAGUGCUAGUAAAGGACGUCAGUAGUGUUUCUCGAAGAAGUUACGCCCUUUGAAAAGGUGUUCUUCAUUUUGGAAUCAGUCUCUGCCAUUACUUAGCAAAAGGCAGAAAGAACCUUCAUGCAGCCCCAAGCCCUCAUGUAGUACUUGGGCAGUCUCAAACGCGUUCCACAGCUGGAACACCUUUUGACAGUGCCUAGAUAUUCUCGUAAGCAUGCCGCUUCUCAGGAGCGCCCUUGUACUUCUUCAGGAUGUCUUGUGGACAGUGAGCGCCCCUUUAUUGACGAGUCCUCAUUAGCGUCUUGAGUGCCCACUUGUAUCUGAGAUCCCAGGUAUGUCUGAGAGUCCAAGAGUGGAAGAAUGCCCAGAUUUGGUCAAGCACCCUAAAGUGCUUGGGACCCCAGUUAUUUCAGAGCGCCUAGCAAUGGUUGAGCGCCCAGUAGGAGCUGAGCACCCAAGAAUUUCUGGCUGCCAGGUAAUGUCCAAGAGUCCAGUGACUUCCAAGCGCCCACAGGCUGAACAUCAGGUAUUUUGGAUCAUAAGACAGCAGUUCCUGUUAUGUUGACACCUGCCUUUCAGCACCUGACAUCAUCUGUGUCACGUUUGAUUUCUUCCUGUCCGUCUCCAAUGACAAAUCCGUCUUUGGGUUCUCUUCAGAAGCCAUUGGAUAAUGUUCUGGGACUUCUUCAAAAAGCUUCGACUUCGUCAGCAGUUCCCCCUGUGGAUCCUUUGCUUUCCCUAUUUUCUUCGGAUGAAGAGGAAUUAGGUCAUGAAGAAGUGCCAACACCCUAUGCUUCCCUGCUUAGAUAUUUGUUGCAUAGAGUCCCAGAUUUCUUCGACCCAGCGGCUCCUGCUUCCUCAUUCAGGAUUAGUGAUCAGCCAGUCAGGACUAAUAAACUCCCUAAGAUGGUUCUCACUUCAUCUUCAAAGAAGGCAUUAACCCUUAAACGCCGAAGCGGUAUUUUAAAAAUCGUCUCCCGUAUGCCAGCAGCGUUCGCGAGUGAGCGCCGAAGCGGAAAAAAGGUUUUUUAUUUUAAAUCACAGCACGCUUAGUUUUCAAGAUUAAGAGUUCAUUUUUGGCUCCUUUUUCUGUCAUUGCCUGAAGUUUAGUAUGCAACCAUCAGAAAGGAAAAAAAAUAUAAUUAUCAUAUAUAAAUAUUGGGAUAUAUGACCGCGAAAAAAAUUUCAUAUAUAAUUGUAUACAAAUCGCGCUGUGAGCAAAACCGUUAAAGCUAACGAGUUAAUUUUUUUGUUGUAUUGUACACUAAAUUGCGAUCAUUUUGGUAUAUAACACAUUGUAAAACAAUCAAGGCAACACAGAGAAAAUAUUAUCACAAAAUGAUGCAUGAAUUCGUAAUGUGCGGCCAUAAAAAAAGAUGUUUUCAAAAAUUCACCAUAAAUCAAAAUAUUGUGCUAGAGACUUCCCAUUUGUUGCAAAAUGAAGGUAAUUGAUUGAAUAUUACUAGACUGUAAGUGUUGUAGCUUACAAUUGCAGUUUUCGACCAUUUCAGUUGAGUUAAAGUUGACGAAGGACGAAUUUUUUCUAUUUAUCGUUAUAUAUAUGAAAAUAUUUCAAAACUGAUAAAAGCUACAACCAUGGGUUGUUUUGUUGUAUUCUACAUGAAAUUGCGCACAUUUUCAUAUAUAACUUUAUGUAACGGCUAAUUUAAAAUAGUGCAAACAUUACAAUUGGACGAAAAAAUUAAUGAUUUUUUCGGAAGAGUUACCGCGCGGACGUAAGGAAAAAGUUUAUUUCAUAAAUUCACCAUAAAUCGAAAUAUUGUGUUAGAGACUUCCAAUUUGUUGCAAAAUAGAGGUAAAUAUUUGAAUAUUACUAGAAUGUAAUAGUUUUAGCUUUCAAUUGCGUUUUUUUACCAUUUCGGUCGAGUCAAAGUUGACAGAAGGUUGAAAUUUUGCCACAUCGUUAUUUAUAUAAAAAUAUUUCAAAACUUAUAAAAGCUACAACCAUGGGUUGUUUAUUGUUGCAUUCUACACGAAAUUGCACACAUUUUCAUAUAUAAAACUUUAUGUAACGGCUAAUUUAAAAUGGUGCAAACAUUACGACAAUCGGACGAAAAAAUGUACCGCGCAGACGUAAGGAAAAAGUUUUUUCAUAAAUUCACCAUAAAUUGAAAUAUUGUGCUAGAGACUUCCAAUUUGUUGCAAAAUGAAAGUAAAUGAUUGAAUAUUAUUAGAAUAUAAGAGUUUUAGCUUACAAUUGCAUUUUUCGACCAUUUCGGUAGAGUCAAAUUUGACCGAAGGUUGAAAUUUUGGCACAUCGUUAUUUAUAUGAAAAUAUUUCAAAACUGAUAAAAGCUACAACCAUGAUUUGUUUUUUUGUUGUAAUCUACAUGAAAUUGCGCACAUUUUCAUAUAUAAUACUCCAUGUAACGGAUAAUAUGAAAUGGUGCAAAAAUUAUGUCAAAGUGACAAAAUAAUUUCCGAGAUGUGUCGCUGAUGCUUUUUAGUGCAAGGAGAAAGAAAUUUGCGCUUUCGCGCCUGGGUAACGAUUGUAAACAAAACAUCGCCUUGAUCCGUGAGCUCCCAGCAUCCCCCAAGGCGCGUGAUUCAAAAGUUUUCGCCUAGUAGGCCUAUAACUAUUUUUCCGCUAAUUUAAAAAAAAAACAUAUCAUCGUAUAUACGUCCAAUCGCCACCCAACAGACAAUUUAUAUCGACGUUUAAUACGUCCAAUCGGCGUUAAAGGGUUAAGUAAAGUUGAUAACUGGCUCUCGGAGAAUAGGCGUAAAGGGAAGGCUUCCUUUAGCAUUCCACAUUCUCGCUUAUUAUCCAGGAGUUACAGGUCUUACACAACUAGAGAAGCUACGUCCUUGGGAGUGAGUAGCAGCCUCCUCCCAGGGAGACCUCUCCAGUCUUAUUGACUCGGCUUGCAGAUCGGUGUUCACUUCUGCAACAGUAAUGUUUUCAGCCUUGGAAAUGGAUCACUUGCUGAGGAAUCUUUUUACGUUUUACGAGGUGGUGAGCUUUAUGGAUUGGUCCAUCAGAGCUUUAGCUGGUGUGGUAUUGGGGGAGGAAACAUAGAAGUUCUAUUCAACAUUUUUCGCCUUGAUUAGGUUGCUGAGUUUAGGGGUGCUGGGGGGUAAUAAGUGCCUAGGGUACCCAUGAGUCUAGUUUGUUAUUGUCAGAUGGGUAUUGGGUUUUAAUUGAUGUAGGAGACAAAAUUGUCUGGUUGUUGAUGUACUGUACUGCGGCCAGGGCAAGGACACUUAUUUUUUAUGGUUUUGAGGGCCAACAGAUAACUCCUUGGAACUCAUAACCUUUGCAUGCUUUGUAACAUUCAGAGUAGUACUCCUGUGCUAAAUAGCUUCCACAUGUAGAGGCGUCUAGCAGCUAUAUAGCCACGUCGCUACAGUUAAGAUGAGCACCAACAAGAGGCAGUAUCUAUCUGCGCCGCUCUAUUAACAGGUUAUGGUAUAACAAAACAUAUUUCUAGUACUAGUUAUUUUUACUGUUCUUGAUUUUUACUGAAUACUAUUGGAGUUAUGAACUAAGUUUUAUGAACAUACCAUGUAAUUACAGAAUUAAAGCCCUCCCUCCUCCCCUCUGAUGGGCAUUGGAUAUAAACAAAUUGACCAUUUCAGCUGUGUUGUACCUAUCCUUCCUGAUGGUGGGCGGGGCCGUGUCUCCUACACAAUAACAAAUAAAUUGCUGUAGCUGCUGCACAAGUUUGAAACUAUAGCUGUUUAAUUACUUAGUAUGUUUUAUAAGACUAUUUUAUUAUAAAAAUGUCACUUUUAUAAAUACUUACCCAGUAUAAUUAUGGACGAAGUCCGCCCUCGUCCCCUCACAUGGACAAAUCGAGAUCUUGGCUGAAGUUGUUCCUCUCUUACCGUGAAGGUGGGUGGGGUUAGUCACCUACAUAAACAAAAGACUAUCACUACCACUAAUUUUCAAAUUUUAAGCUAGGGUUGAGUAGAAAUUCUUAGCUAAGUAAGUACUCGUUAAGUAUAUAUAGUCUCAUUUUAUUGUAAAAAUAUUUUUUUUCAUUAAAAAUCAAUGCAAAUUAGGUGGUUUUAUUAUAUUACUUUUUGAUAUGUUCUCUCUGUUUUAAUAUUCUACAAAGAAUGUGAUACAGUAUUAGUAAAUCCUAAUGCAUUGUAUCAACCCAUUGGACACAGUAAA